AUGAAAGGUUACGCGCCUUCGAGCUACCGAUUUCUUCAUUACAUCGUAGGUCGUGUCGGAGGAUCGACUGGGAGGCGAUUCUGUAACUGGGAAUGGAAAGCGUUGUUGACGCCUGGUUCCGCGGUUCAGACCCCAGUGCUGGGCCGGAAAUCUUUGCCUUCCUGCGUGGCGUUGCUCAGUACUUACCGUGGACUGAUCAGAAGUGUAGCAUGCAGCGAGCACUUGCAACAAAAUGCUGGAAUUCUGUCUGGAAUGCUCGGGUAUCGGGGCUUCGGUCGCUUUGAGCGAGGGGCUACUCCGAGUCGCAACGCACCAGAGGAAGAUAUUCAUCCCGGCAAGCAGUCCACAAAGAGCUCGUCCUCUAGUUCAGGAAGCACCUCAGAUUCAAAAUCCCAAACUAAUGCUCAAGGUGAAAACUGGAAGGGUAGAAAGCCAGAGUCAAACGGCGGCGAGCCACAGCAACCUUUCGAUAUCGGUUGGCUGUUCCAGUUGCUGCUGGCGGGUGGAAUCUUUUACGCACUCAACUCGGGCGAGGGAAACGAUUCGUCAGGCAGCGGCACAGGUAUGCGACGUGAGAUUAACUUUCAGCAGUUUGUGCGAGAUUUGUUAGAGCCUGGUCUUGUCGAUCACUUGGAAAUCGUGAAUCGCCAGACAGCAUACGUUUACGUGAAACAAACUUAUCAAGGCGAACCGUCGAAGCGUAGUGCCGGAAGUCGACAAACAGCUGAAGAUGUUGUGCUUGAUACCGGGGUGGAUCAACCCCAGCGAGACGCCCUAUGGGAGACAAGCGCGCAACCACAGCUCACUGGCGAGGAUUACUCUGGCUCAGAAUCACCACCAGCUGCCAUCCGCCGGCCACGAGGAGAUGGAGUUAGCGACUCCAAGAGACUCAACAGGCCAACUGUCAUGUAUUACUUCACGUUAGGUUCUGUGGAAUCGUUUGAAAGAAAGUUGGAACAGGCGGAGAAAUCCCUAGGAAUCGAUCCAAUACCAGUCGUGUAUCGGUCCGAAAAUGCGGGCAUGUUCGGAGAGCUACUGAGAUUACUACCAACGCUGAUCAUUCUGGGACUUGGAUAUGCGCUGUUUCGCAACUCUUUCUCAGCGUUAUCGGGACCCGGAGGUGCUGCAAGAAACAUCUUCCAAGUAGGGAAAGCGAAUCCCACGGUGAUCAAAAAAGGUGCCAAAGGCAGCGAGCGUGUAACCUUUGCAGAAGUUGCUGGCCUUGAUGAGGCUAAGAUGGAGGUCAUGGAGCUUGUCGAUUUUCUGCGGGAUCCCAAGAAGUACAAGGAUCUGGGAGCAAAGAUUCCGAAAGGUGCGCUUCUGGUGGGCCCACCUGGAACAGGUAAGACGCUUUUAGCAAAGGCGGUUGCCGGUGAGGCAGAUGUACCGUUCUUCUCUAUGUCCGGUUCAGAUUUCAUUGAGAUGUUUGUCGGCAUAGGGCCGUCGCGUGUGCGUGAUUUGUUUGCGCAGGCUCGACAGAACGCACCCUGCAUCGUCUUUAUAGACGAGAUAGACGCAGUGGGAAGAGCGCGCGGUCGCGGUGGUUUCGGUGGUGGCAAUGAUGAACGGGAGAACACGUUAAAUGCGCUUCUAGUCGAGAUGGACGGCUUUUCUUCGCAGGAGGGCAUCGUCGUUCUCGCGGGGACAAAUCGGGUCGAUAUCCUCGACAAAGCACUGCUGCGCCCGGGGCGCUUCGAUCGUCGUAUCAAUAUAGACAAACCCGACAUCAAAGGUCGCUUCGAAAUUUACAAGGUACACCUGCGGAAGAUCCGCAUCGCAUCCAGUGCUGGCGGUGUCGAAAACGUUGCUAAGAGACUCGCAGCCUUGACACCUGGCUUCUCCGGUGCAGAUAUUGCGAAUUCGUGCAAUGAGGCUGCAUUAAUCGCCGCUAGAGCGAACAAAGACAGUGUGGAACUUGCUGACUUUGAGUCCGCUAUCGACCGAGUCAUUGGCGGUCUCGAGAAGAAAAAUUUAGUAGUUCUUCCUGAGGAGCGAGAGAUAGUUGCUCACCACGAGGCGGGACACGCAGUCGCAUCUUGGUUCACGAAGCACGCUGAUCCAUUGUUGAAGGUGUCGAUUGUGCCCAGAGGAUCCGCAGCGCUGGGUUUUGCGCAAUAUCUUCCAAGGGAUCGGUUUCUGCAAACCCGUGAAGAGCUUGAAGAUUUUCUGGUUGUCGCCCUCGGCGGGAGAGCGGCGGAAAAAUUGGUCUUUGGCCGAAUUACGACUGGCGCUCAAGAUGAUCUUGAAAGGGUCACGCGGCUGGUCUACGCUGCCAUUACUCGCUUCGGUAUGUCCAAAAGAGUGGGCACGAUAUCGUUCAACACAGAGAUGGAUAGCGAUGCACAGUUUCAGAAACCCUUCUCUGAAGAAACGGCAGAAAUCAUCGAUACAGAAGCCCGAACGAUGGUGGACAAGGCCUAUUCGCGCUGUGAAGAACUUCUUCAAGCACAUUUGAAUGAGUUGAAGGCGUUGGCAAGGCUGCUUCUUGAGAAAGAAGUUGUCCGUGAGGAUGAUCUGAUCCAAAUCUUGGGGUCAAAGCCGUUUAGAAAGGCAGUGGAUUACGAUUCUAUCGUUUCUGCGUUUGAGAAAGCUCGAGCACAGCGAGCUCCGACAGGAACAGAUCAUAACAGGAGUCCGUCGGUCAGUAAUGACAGCAGAGACGGAUCUGGCCCUACCUCCCAUGGUUCAACGAACCCUGACAGGGAAGAUCACCCAGACAAUUCUGAUGGGAUUCCGCCCGGACUUAUGCCAGAGCUUGCAUGA